AUGAAUAUAUUAUGUAUUCUAUCAUAUAUUUAUUUUUUCGUUAUUUUUUAUAGUUUGAAUUUAAAUAAUAAAAAUGAAAAUUUUUUGGUUGUUAGAAGAUUAAUGAAUGACGAAAAAGGAGAGGAUGGUUUUACAAGUGCAAAUAAAAAGAAUGGAAAUAAUAAUAGAAGUAAUGAAAAUGAACUAAAAGAAAAAGGUUCUUUACCUACUAAGAUGAAUGAAAAAAAUUCCAAUUCAUCAGAUAAACAGUCAAAUGAUAUUUCACAUUAUGAAUCAAAGAGCAAUUCUAAUAAUUCACAAAAUAUCCAAAAAGAACCUGAAGAAAAAGAGAACAGUAACCCUAAUUUAGAUAGUAAAAAUUCGAGUGAAAACGCAACACGUUCUGUUGAUAUAUCAGAACAUAAUUCUAAUAAUCCAGAGACAAAAGAAGAGAAUGGAGAAGAAACUUUAGAACUUGAAAUUAAUGAGAAUGCAGAAAGAGGUCAAGAACCUCCAAAUAGAUUACAUUUUGACAAUGUAGAUGAUGAGGUGCCACAUUAUAGCGCCCUAAGAUAUAAUAAAGUAGAAAAAGAUGUAACCGAUGAAAUGUUAUUAUAUAAUAUGAUGAGUGAUCAAAAUAGAAAAUCAUGUUCCAUAAAUAAUGGUGGAUGUUCUGAUGAUCAAAUAUGUAUAAAUAUAAAUAAUAUAGGAGUUAAAUGUAUAUGUAAGGAUGGAUAUUUACUUGGUACGAAAUGUAUAUUAUUGAAUUCUUAUUCUUGCCAUCCAUUUUUUUCUAUUCUUAUUUAUAUUACAUUGUUUUUGUUAUUAUUCGUUUAA